AUGCAAACUACUUCUACAAACAUUGGUGAAAGACUGUGCAAUAAGUUCAUCCAUUAAAUUUCCUUGCUACUAAAUAUUCCACAGUCAACUGUUAGUGGUAUUAUAACAAAGUGGAAGCAACUGGGAAUAACAGCAACUCAGCCACAAAGUGGUAUGCCAUGUAAAAUGACAGAGCUGGGUCAAUGCAUGCUGAAGCAUACAGUGCGCAGAAGUCGCCAACUGUCUGCUGAGUCAAUAGCUAAAGACCUCCAAACUUUGUGUGGUCUUCAGAUUAGCACAACAACAGUGCGUAGAGAUCUUCAUGGAAUGGGUUUCCAUGGCCAAGCAGCUGCAUUCAAG